GCCCCGCCCCUCAUGGAGGCGUGGCGUUCGCGCCCCACUCCCGGCUGCCUCUUCUCCCUCGCUGAAAGUCUGAAGAGAGCCGGCUUACGUUUCUGCUCCGCUUGCCUAAAGAGGUGAUGAGGACAGAGACACAUAGAAAAGGAAGACCCUGCAAAGACACACGGAGAAGACAGCCAUUUACAAGCCAAGCAGAGAUGCCUCAGAAGAAACAACCCUGCUGACAUGUUGGUCUUGUACUUAUAUCCUCCAGAAUUGUGAGGAAAUCAGUUUCCAUUGUGUAAGCCACUCGGCUUGUGGUACUUUGUCAUGGCAGCCCUAGAAAACUAAUACACUAGUUAUAAUAUUGUACUAUAGUUUUGCAUGGUGUUGUCUUCCAGGGAAACUGAGUAAAGCAUACAUGGUAUCUCUUUAUAUUAUUUCUUACAACUGAACGUAAAUCUGCAAUUAUUUCCAAAUAAAAAGUAUCUUUGUGAAGUUAUUCUGAGGUUCAAAUGCAGGCCUGUCUGUUGCUAAAGUUUAUGAUCCAACUGGCCCAAACUUUUGACUUGGUCCUGUGUCAGAGCAACUAAUUGUGAAGCUAUCAGUUAUCCAAACUAUGAAUUCAGACUCAGGAGUUUGACAUAGAGUCUUAGCAGUGAUGGGUCAAAAUGUAGCAUUUUGUGGGGUUUUCUAAUUUUCUUUCUUGUGGUUCAUUACUUCUGGACUGCCUCCUUCCACAGAGAAAUGACCCUAUCUCACAGACCCAGAGCUUUGCAUAAGGAGUGACCUCAGUGCUGUUGCUUUCAUCUGUAAGUGAAAAGGCCUUAGCAAUCUUAAAGGUUCAGAAGUACAUGUGCAGGAUUGUUUUAUCGGUGAACUCAUGUCAUGGGGGUUUGUUGUACAGAUUAUCUCAUCACCCAGGAGUCUCACUAGAAAGCAGAGAAUCCCUGGGAUAACAAGCAAGACAGAUGCGUAGUACAGCUGGGAUGAAGUGCUGGUAAGGGCACCUGUGUGGAGCCUGUUGCCUCAACAAUGUCCAGGACAAAAAGCACAUAUAGAACUGGAUGCCCUUGUGGUACAUCUCAAGGCUGAUUUGAAAGCUUGAGAGACCAUCGAGAAUUGGAUUUGGGGAAGAGCAUGUAGGAGAAUACUAACCCUGCACAGAUUGUGAUGGUGAUGUGGAAUAUACUAAAGCCUAGAACGCACCUCCUCUGCAUGACUAAUAUGUUCUGCACAAGACAUGAAGGCACAGACAGCACUGUCUUUCUUCCUCAUUCUCAUAACAUCUCUGAGUGGAUCUCAAGGCAUAUUCCCUUUGGCUUUCUUCACUUAUGUUCCUAUGAAUGAACAAAUCGUCAUUGGAAGACUUGAUGAAGAUAUAAUUCUCCCUUCUUCAUUUGAGAGGGGAUCCGAAGUCGUAAUACACUGGAAGUAUCAAGAUAGCUAUAAGGUUCACAGUUACUACAAAGGCAGUGACCAUUUGGAAAGCCAAGAUCCCAGAUAUGCAAACAGGACAUCCCUUUUCUAUAAUGAGAUUCAAAAUGGGAAUGCGUCUCUAUUUUUCAGAAGAGUAAGCCUUCUGGACGAAGGAAUUUACACCUGCUAUGUAGGAACAGCAAUUCAAGUGAUUACAAACAAAGUGGUGCUAAAGGUGGGAGUUUUUCUCACACCCGUGAUGAAGUAUGAAAAGAGGAACACAAACAGCUUCUUAAUAUGCAGCGUGUUAAGUGUUUAUCCUCGUCCGAUUAUCACAUGGAAAAUGGACAACAUACCUAUCUCUGAAAACAACAUGGAAGAAACAGGGUCUUUGGAUUCUUUUUCUAUUAACAGCCCACUGAAUAUUACAGGAUCAAAUUCAUCUUAUGAAUGUACAAUUGAAAAUUCACUGCUGAAGCAAACAUGGACAGGGCGCUGGACAAUGAAAGAUGGCCUUCAUAAAAUGCAACGUGAACACGUUUCACUCUCUUGUCAACCUGUAAAUGAUUAUUUUUCACCAAACCAAGACUUCAAAGUUACUUGGUCCAGAAUGAAAAGUGGGACUUUCUCUAUCCUGGCUUACUAUCUGAGCCCCUCACAAAAUACAAUUAUCAAUGAAUCCCGAUUCUCAUGGAACAAAGAGCUGAUAAACCAGAGUGACUUCUCUAUGAAUUUGAUGGAUCUUAAUCUUUCAGACAGUGGGGAAUAUUUAUGCAAUAUUUCUUCGGAUGAAUAUACUUUACUUACCAUCCACACAGUGCAUGUAGAACCAAGCCAAGAAACAGCUUCCCAUAACAAAGGCUUAUGGAUUUUGGUGACCUCUGUGAUUUUGGCAGCUGUUCUGCUGAUUUGGACAGUAAAACAUUGCAGAGAAAGAUAUUGUGUCCCUCCUGGUGAGCACUGUCCCAGUGCACCCGAUAAUGGCGAAGAAAAUGUGCCUCUUUCAGGAAAAGUAUAGGAAAUGAGAGAAGACUGUGACAACUCAUGACCUGCAUCCUUAAUAUCCAGUGACUUCAUCUCCUCUUUCUUCACCACAAUUCCAGGCAAUGGCCUGUCGGACCAGACAAUUCUACCACUGCAAAGAGUUGUAACCAUUUUCUGGUAUCACAUUUAUUUUUCAAGACAUACUUUUCAAGACAUCAUUCACUGACCCACUACCUGCAUUGAGCAUAAAUGCCUGGAUGUUAAGGAUUCCAAUUUAACUUUGAAAAGAACUGUCUCAUUCAUUUACAUUUCUGUUACAGUCAGCCCAGGAGGUUACAGUGAGCUCUCCACUAAGAAUCUGGAAGAAAUGCAUCACUAGGGGUUGAUUCCCAAUCUGAUCAACUGAUAAUGGGUGAGAGAACAGGUAAGAGCCAAAGUCACCUUAGUGGAAAGGUUAAAAACCAGAGCCUGGAAACCAAGAUGAUUGAUUUGACAAGGUAUUUUAGUCUAGUUUUAUAUGAAUGGUUGUAUCAGGGUAACCAACUCGAUUUGGGAUGAAUCUUAAGGACACCAAAGACUAAGACAGUAUCUUUAAGAUUGCUAGGGAAAAGGGCCCUAUGUGUCAGGCCUCUGAGCCCAAGCCAAGCAUCGCAUCCCCUGUGAUUUGCACGUAUACAUCCAGAUGGCCUAAAGUAACUGAAGAUCCACAAAAGAAGUAAAAAUAGCCUUAACUGAUGACAUUCCACCAUUGUGAUUUGUUCCCGCCCCACCCUAACUGAUCAAUGUACUUUGUAAUCUCCCCCACCCUUAAGAAGGUACUUUGUAAUCUUCCCCACCCUUAAGAAGGUUCUUUGUAAUUCUCCCCACCCUUGAGAAUGUACUUUGUGAGAUCCACCCUGCCCGCAAAACAUUGCUCUUAACUUCACCGCCUAACCCAAAACCUAUAAGAACUAAUGAUAAUCCAUCACCCUUCGCUGACUCUCUUUUUGGACUCAGCCCACCUGCACCCAGGUGAAAUAAACAGCUUUAUU